CAUCAUUGGUCACACAUGACACAGCACACUUGUGAAGUUUUAUUAGAAUAUAUUUUUUAAUAUUACCUUAUAUUACGAUGGAAUCUACAACUAAUUUAUUAAGAAAUAUUAAUCGCUGCCUAAUACCAAAAUUGUUCAAAAACUACGAUGAAUGUUCUGAUCAUCAGGAAUUUAAUAUAAGAAAUCAAAACUUGGCUUACAACUUUAAAAUUCUCAUUGAAUGUUUAUAUGAUAUCAAUUGCAUAGACUUCAAAAAUAAUCCUGCGAUUAUCGCUCUUCUCGUGAAUUUGUUCUUAGAACUAAGUUGUGAUGGGCCAUGGAAUAACCAUGUCACUGAAGAUAUAUCAAAACAUUUGAACACACACUUUGAAAAAAUUACUUCAAUUAGAUUAGAUUCUGUUUUCAAGAGAAAUAAUAUAUUUGAUCAUCAAGAAGUCUUUAAUAAAUUUUCUGAUGAACUUCAUUUAAAAUUAACAUAUGAAAGUUUUAAAAAGUAUCCAGCUCAAAUUGAAGUUUACUAUUUAUUUAUUAAAAAUUUAAAAGGUUAUGAUGUUGCUGUGGUGCCUUCAAAAAUAUUUCCAAUAACUAUUCUCCUUGUUGAAGAUUAUGUAGAUUUUAAUAAAAACAAAGGCCUAAAAUGCUGUACUCAUUUGUUGCAGUAUCUGGAUAGUAAUGUUUUUCUAACUGGGAACUACUAUGAAGUUAUUUACAGAACUUUAAAAAGAAAUCUAUCUGAUAGAGAUGACAAUAUUACGAAUCUUACUCAUUCAAAUUUAUUGAUGUUACUAGAUAUAUUACCAAAUACUGGAAAGAGACAAAAAUUGGAUGAGCUUUAUAAAAGCUGUUUAGACCAACUAUCAAUAGAAUCAAACUUAUAUCAUAAAGUAGCUCUGAUUAACUUCACAUGCACUGUUAUAGAGCACCAUAAAAUUAAUUGUGCUAAUAGGAGCAUUUUUAAAGAUAUUGUGUGUCAAAAUUUGGAUAUUUGUACCAAUAAUGCUGUCAUUGAUGUAAUUUUAGCACCACUUCUGAAGUGUUUAAAGAAAUGGAUUAUCUACUGUUGGCCAGUGUGGAAGUACAACACAGACCACAAACUUCUAUCUGCACUUUUGAAAGUUUUGUAUACUUGUAAUGAAGAUCUCUAUAAAGAAAUAUAUAACAUUAUUGUAACACUUAUCUGUUUAUGUACAGAGGAUGAGCAAACUCAAAUUCUUAAUAAUUUAAACAAAGUUCAAGAAAUUCAAUGUGAUAUAUUUAAAGAGAAAAUAAGUAAUAUAAUAACACAUUUUGCCUAA